AUGCCACAGAUUCUCUACAUUAUUUCCCUUGCAAGUUCUUUACGGGUUGGAUUUACUAAGCUCACAUCCAAGCAUUUUAAAUUAAAACUUGGCCUUUUCCUAGUCUGUUUGCCAACUGAAUCCAGUUCUUCUAUUAACCUCAUGCUGGGAGAACUCUCCUUUCGUCUUCAUUUAUCUCGUCCUCCCCACCCCCGCCCCGUCCUUCCCACACAGCUAUUUUUACCUUUAAUUGUCCCUUGCUCUGCGCUUAUCAAUCUAUGCCAUUCUUUUCCUGACUUCUUUCAUUACUCAUUAAGCAGCAUAUUAAAGAAAGAUAGGACUGGUAUCGCCGUUUUCAUUCUCUAUUUAUCUCUCUCUCUCUCUCUCUCUAUCUUCCCCUCUUUUUCUCACUCUCUCUUUCUUGCUCUAUCUCUCUUUCCGUCUCUCUCUCUUUCUCUCUCUCUCACUCUAUGCCCCUCUUUUCCUCUCUCUCUUUCCCCCUCUCUUUCUCUUUCCCGUUCUAUCUCUUUCUUUUUCCCUCUCUCUUUCUCCCAUCUCGUUCUUUCCUACACUCUCUCUCUCUUUUUCCCGAUCUCUCUCUCUCUAUCUCUCUCUCUUUUCCUCUCUCUCUCUCUUUUCCUCUCUCUCUCUUUCCCCCUCUCUUUAUCUUUCCCGUUCUAUCUCUUUCUUUUUCCCUCUCUCUUUCUCCCAUCUCUUUCUUUCCUACUCUCUCUCUCUCUCCUUUUCCCGAUAUCUCUCUCUAUAUCUCUCUUUUCCUCUCUCUCUCUCCCUCUCUUUCUCUUUCCUGAAACAGAUAAUAUUACCAUUACCAUAUGUGUAUAUUGGUGUGUGAAUUACACAUUAUUUAAUUACUGUUCAUAUCUAUCUAUCUAUCUAUCUAUCUAUCUAUCUAUCUAUCUAUCUAUCUAUCUAUCUAUCUAUCUAACAACAAACAACGAACUAUUGUGCCUGAUUUUAGAAGUAACUUACAGACAACCAAUUGGCGUACAUCUGCUAAAAAUCAUGCCGUAUUCGAAUAAUACAAUCUCUAUCUGCUUCCAUUUAACGUCUUCUUAUUCUUCCAACACAAAACUAAUUGUACAAGUUUUUGUUUCGAUUUUGUCAAAGCAUAUUUCAGGAAUCCGAGACGUUGACGUUGAUUUAUUUUCAAUUUCUCUUCACUUUCUCUUUCUCUCACUCUCCCUGUCUCCCUGUCUUUCGAUCUUGUAUUCUCUGUCUUUCCCUCUCUAUCUAUCUAUCUAUCUAUCUAUCUAUCUAUCUAUCUAUCUAUCGUUCUGUUUUUGUAUCUAUGUUUCGUUCUUUGAUUUUCUCUGUAUCUACCUAUCUAUCUCUUGUUAUCAGUGUUUUCUCUAUAUAUCUAUCUAUCUGGGCCCCUUGGCGUGA